AGCGAUGUGGGAUCAUGCCUUUCCAAAUUAUUUGUUGAUGAGCCAGACUGUGACUCGCGCGACCCGGCCCGUUCAGCCCACUGCGUUGUCGUCCUCCUCCCGGCCGAAGCCUGCUGCGCUCACCCCCAUUCUGCCGAGGCCUCCUGCGUCCACCCACCUCCAGCCGAGGCCUCCUGCUGCGUCCACCUAUGGCCCACCCCCUGUGUCGGCAGCACCCAUAAUGCUGGUCCUCCCCGCACAGCCACAGGCCCUCCGUCCUGUUGCGUGGGCCAUCCUGCACCCAGAGCUUUGUCCCUCCUGCACCAACAGUGAAGGCAUUCAUGCCUAA